CCCUGUCUCACCCCCAUGGCCCCCAAUUCGGCGCAUUUAUUCUCACCUAAUCCUACCUUGCUAGAAAUGUUAAACCCCGACACCAUCCUUCCCACGUGAACCACGGCCCGAGACAAGCACAACAGGCCAGUCAGUCUAAAAUCUGACGACAGAGCGAUGGAAUGGAAGAUAAUAGAAUAACUAAUCGAUCGGUGAUUUUUAAGUUUCGUGAUUUGCUUGUUUCGGAGGUCGGGGGCCGGAAGCGAUGUCAGACCAUGAAACUCCGAAUUGGCCGCGAAGGAACGGAGAAUUGUAUCUCGUUUUGAUUUCUCAUCCUGCAGGAUUUCGGGGACUCGUAUUGAUUUUUUCCAUGCUAGUGCAGGUGCAGGUGGAACGUGGGUUUGGGGUUUGGGUCAGUUUGGUAUUUGGAGUAGUGGGUUCGAAGAGUUGUGGAUGGUGGAUGGGGAAUGUAAGAUGGUGGUGAUGGUUAAGUGGUCAGUUAGUAUAGUGUAGACUAAUUCAGUUGAAUCUGCUGCUAGUAUUCAAUUGAAGAUUCGUAUUUUGGGUUUCUGGGCAGUUG